UUAUCUGUUAGCAUAGAAGAAUUUUAACAUGAAGGUCCUUUCAACUUCUCUUUGUUUCGGACUUCUACCUUUGUUAUCUGUAGCAAUCCUUCUGGAAUGUGUGCGUGGACGACCAUAUCUUGCCGAAGGAGAUGAAUGGUUUCCAGACAAAGAAGAGAUGAAUCACGAGGAAUUGUUGCUGGCUCUACUGAACAAAAUUUUUGAUUUCCAAAGGCCUUCCAAGAAGGUUGUAGAAGUGGAUCACAAAUUAGAAGAAUUUAACGAGAUAGAAAAGCUAAAAAGACAACUCACAAAUACAAAGCAGGCUGAGAUAUCCUAUGCCAUAAAUGGUCUGUCUCUUCCCCAUCCUAAUAAACGAGGGUUUGAAUGUGGUUUUCCUUAAGAGAAUCUGUGGCUCUGGCAGAAAAGAGAAGUAGAAGCUGAGUGCUCUCAUAAUACUUUGUCUUGACAGUCAUCGGCACAUGGAUUCCGGUUUGAAAAGUGCAUCUAAUGGGCAGGGAAGCUAGAUGCGCAGACAGACUUGUAACAUUUAUUUUAACCACUGGCUGAACUAUUUUAUGAGGUUUUUGAAAACUCUUCUUCAUUGUGCACCCUUCUAACCUAUGGUGAAUCAAAGCCUAAUCUCCAAUGGUCUUAGUUUUGUAAGCCAUUAAGGGAGAAGGAGAUUAAAGGCCAUUUAUAAUGUUAUAUGAAUUUAUAGUAAGGCAAUUGGUUGGGAAUGGCCUGAAGAAGAUUUAUAAUGAUUUAUUUAUGCAUCUGGAGAUUGGAAAGGCACUAAAUUUGGUUUAUCUGUGGCAUCAUGUCACAAUCAGAGUAUGCAGACUUAAUGUGAUAAAGAAUGGAUCUAAUUAAAUAUUUGGUGGUUUGUAAAAUGAACUUUUACUUCCUCUUUUCUCAAUAAAUAGAAGCACAUUUAGCCCCUACUUUACUUGUGUGACUUCCUCUUUGUGUAGCAUAGAGUCUCACAGGCCAACCUGCUGUGGUGUCGACUGUGUGUUACAGGUGUUGUAACACUGCUGUCUAAUAGAACCUCUGAGGCGGUACCAUUUUCUAAUAGUUCAUCAUAGUAGUCACGGGCUAGAAGUCAUUAGUAAUCAUAUGCGAUAUGGCCAUUAUGAUGGAGAAGCUGACUGUUUUUAUUUAUUUAAUUUUCAUGAUUCAUGUAAAAGUAGUAGCUACUAUAUUGAAUGCACAUUUUUAUAAAAGUCUCUUUAGUAGACUAUUUCAUUCAAAUACAAGGUUUCAUAAAAUAGUUUUCUAAUAAAGAAUUUCUUUUGUUUGCUUUUUUAGCUUGCUUUUGGAAAUACUGUGUCUAAAGCCUAUUCUCUGGAUUCAGAAAGAUAAAAACACUAUUAAGAUAUACUGAUAUAUAAUCUACUACUUACAAAGUAUAACUCUAUUAAGCAUAAAGAAAUUGUGGCAUUUAUUUUGCAUACUAUUUUCUUCUCUUUGCUAACUUGUUAUAAAUUGCAUCAUGAAAUUCUUAAAAGAGAAAUUCUUAUGUUGUGAAUAAUGACAAAUCAAUUGUACUGUUGAAGACAUGUCAGUAUCAAAAUGAAUUUUGAGCUGAAGUUCAGAAUGCUGUUAUCUAUUGUAUGCUUUCCAUAAAUUCAUUUCCCGUAUACAGUUUUGUAUUUUGAUGACUAUGCUGGUAAGCUAUCAGUUAAAAUAUUUUAAGAGGUAUCUCAGAAACCUACAAUAAAUUCUGUUGUCUCAAUUUGUGUGGAAAAUAUGCAUUUUUUUAUUCCUCCUUUUAGUGAUUGUGCUGGCCAUCUACUCUGUUCUGUCAAGUUGGACAGCUGUCAUUUAGGUAAAUACAACAAAAUGAAUAUAUUACUAACAGGAAAAAAUAUAUUGUUUAUAAGAC